UUAUCAGGAGUAGAAUAUAUAUUUGAAACUAAUUCACUAAUUUUACUCACGAGCUGACAAUAGUGUAUAAAUAAUCAGAAAUAUGAAUCAUACAUAAUUUACAUGAGGUGACUAAGAAGGCAGAAAUUAAACGCUUGUUAGUAGGAAAGUAAUAUAAAGCUAAAGCAGUUGUGACGCGACAGACUUGUGUAAUUUAGAUGUUCACUGCAAUUUAUGAUACCUUUCGUACAUGAUUCCGCGGCUGCCUUAAUCUUCAGAAGCAAUAGUUCUAUUUGUGUUCUCCUUGAUUUUGAUGCUGGUAUAUGUAAGACUCCUGGUCAUACCGAAUUUCAUUAAUACAGAUUACUACGUUCACCCUAGUGAUAGAUUCAAAAGCUUCUUCACGCAUGUAUGUUGUCUAUAGUCCAAAUGUUCGAACAUUAUAGCAUAUCUGUUUUACUAGUUUCUUUAUAUGGAAACUGCUCUACAACGGAUUCAUAAAGUCCGUUGUUGUCUAUCGGUUGUUCUUGCGCAACAACUUAUCGCGGGAUCAGAUUGUCUUUCAGCCAUUAUGAUGGAGGAAGUUCAUGAACUUGACAAAAUAAACAAUGGACGUGAUGAUAUACCGGUUGUACAGCUGAAGAAAACUAUUGGACUUGCAAGUAGUAUAACGAUCAUAGUUGGUUCUAUGAUUGGGUCUGGAAUAUUCGUUAGCCCAACUGGAAUUAUGGAAAAUGUUAAUAGUAUUGGAGCAAGUCUAAUUAUAUGGGUUGCUUGUGGACUUUUCAGUAUGUUAGGAGCGUACUGUUAUGCUGAAUUAGGAACCAUGAUUCAUCGAUCUGGAGGAGAUUACAUAUACGUUUACGAAGCUUUUGGUCCAUUUUUUGGUUUCCUUCGACUAUGGUCAGAAGUGGUUGUUGCUAGACCUGCAUCUGUUGCAAUAAUGUCCAUGACAUUUGCAAAAUAUAUUGCACAACCAAUUUUUCCUGAUUGUGAUCAACCUGAAGUUGCAGUACGUCUUUUGGCGGCAGUGUGUAUUAUUUUAUUAAGUUUUAUCAAUGCCUUCUCUGUACGAAUGUCAACAUUUGUUCAAGAUAUAUUUACUUAUGCAAAAGUAGCCGCUUUAAUCAUGAUCAUUAUAACUGGAUUUGUACAAAUUGGUUUUGGCAAAGUCGAUGGUCUUGUUGGCGCAUUCGACAAUUCUGACUGGAGUCCAGGUGCGAUAACUAAAGCAUUUUAUGUUGGAUUAUUUGCAUAUUCUGGUUGGAAUUACUUAAAUUGUAUGAUUGAAGAAAUGAAUAAUCCUCGACGUGAUUUACCAUUGGCUAUAAUUAUUUCUUGUCUUCUCGUAACAUUCAUAUACACCAUGGCUAAUGUAGCCUAUGUGACAGUAGUCUCACCUCAUGAAAUACUUACUACACCAGCUGUAGCCAUUACAUUUUCUGUAAGAAUUUAUGGAGUAAUGUGGUGGAUUAUGCCUAUAUUUGUUGCAUUAUCUACAUUUGGUGGUGUCAAUGGUACAGUAAUGACAACAUCACGAAUGUUUUUUGUUGCAAGUCAAGUAAAUCAAAUGCCAAAAUUAUUAUGCUUUUUACAUAUGGAUAGAAUGACACCAAUUUCCGCUGUUGUAUUUACAUGUAUAACAUCAAUAUGUUAUCUAUUUGUUGGUGAUAUUUAUUCAUUAAUAACAUAUCUUGGCUUUGUACAAUGGCUUGCAAUUGGUGUAUGUGUAUCCAUUGUAAUAGUAUUUAGAAUAACUAAACGAAAUCAUCCACGUCCUGUGAAAGCACCAAUUUUAUUCGCAAUAAUUUAUGUGCUCAUUACUUUAUUCUUAGUGAUAUUUGCAUUUGUUGCUGCCCCAGUUGAAUCAUUGCUUGGUGUAGCCAUUAUUUGUACUGGGAUACCAGUUUAUAUUAUUGGCUGUGCAUGGAAGAACAAACCGAAAUCAUUUCAAAGAAAAUUUGAAUCAUUUACUAUUGGAGUACAGAAAUUAUUUAAACUUGUACCAUCGAAUUAAUUGGUUAACUGAAUUCAUUUAAUAAUGUUUCUACCGUUUUUCUUAGUAUUGACUACUACUACUACUACUAAUACAAUCAGUUUUAGUCUUGUUAGUAGUGUCAUGGCUAAUAGAAAAAAAACGUGGUAGUCUUAGUAGUAGUAGUAUGGUGUCAUUCCGUUUAAACAAACUCUUUCUACAGGAGUUAUAGCAGUAGCAGUAGAAUAAUUAAUAUAAUUCAAACUGUAGUAAACCAUUAAACAGUAUAGCAUCAUCAUAGUCAUAGCAUCAUCAUCAUCAUUGCAGUCAAGACAUAUGUAUUUAUGUUUGGAAUCUUCGCUUUUAUUUUUACACCUUACUCGCUAUUUUUUCCCCAUUGUUAUUACAUCAUGUUUUACCCAAUCAUAGAAUAGCUCCUGAUGAUGAAUAGACAUUGAAUUCACAAUAUAGAUGAGAAUUCUUCUUUUAUCUCCCUCCCCCCUCUCUCUCUCUCUAUAUAUAUAUAUAUAUCUAUUACUCCCAUUCUAAAUCACAGAACCUUUCUAGUUUCCUUGAUUACACUCCUUAUUUUCAUUGCACAUAGGAUUAUCUUAAACCUAUACAAUCGAUAUAAUCAAUUUUUUUUAAUAAAAAAAAAGUUUGAUAUUGCAUACUUCAUAUCUUAUUUUGGUUUUAUGUACCCUAUGCUUCAUCUUUUUGUUUUGUAAAAAAGAAAAUUAAUAUCUAGGAACCAAAUAAAUUGAUUUUUAUAAGUAUGAUUCUAUUUUCUUUCCCUGUUUACAAAUUAUUGAUUAUUGUUUUUAUGUAUCCAAUUGUAUGAAAGUGAUGAUUCAUGUGUCAUGUAACCAUUCGAUAAUUUAUAAUAGGAU